CUUCUUCUGACGUGAUGCAAAUCGUAGCUUAGAUCCAUCAAGUCACUUUUUGUUGCAGCAUCGUAUCCCAUACCAUCCAUUAAACGCCAUCGCAACCAUCAUUACCAACAUUCACACUGCAUCUAUACGCAAACGAGGACACCAGCAUGAUUACACCUUUACCGGUCUCAUCCUUGGAAAGGUGACGAUUGUCGAUUGCGACAACGUACGAUUCUUGCAACUUGAAACUCAACCUCGUCGUCGACAUUGCCCACGGGCUCAGACGCCGCCAUGUCUCAGCAACCGGUCAUUACGUUGUCCGAUCACCUCGAAAAGCAGAAUGGCGCUACGUUUAAGAAGCUAUACCAGCAGCCGGCUACGGCUUUCGCCAUCUUCCGCCGAAUGCUACCACCAUUAGCCAAAACAUUUGUCAUGUCGCUUCUAUAUAUGCCGCAGCCGCUACCGCUUACUGCUCUGGAUUCUUGGGUGAAGCCCGAAGCGAAGAAGAACAAGGACCAGGCGCUUUCCAUCCUACGCUCUAUGCACAUUACUACCAUCACGCCGGUUACCAAAGAGAAGCCGGUACAGGAAAUGUCGUUGACGCCAAACUUCAAAAAGUCCCUACGGUUGGCCCUUGAGGGCGGAGGCUCUCACAACUCUUUCGGCGUCCCAUCAAGUCUUCCGAUACCACCACAAGUCGAUGUUGCAUUUUUGGAUAAGUGGGCACGGUCAAGAUGGGAUGCCAUUUUACAUUAUGUGGUCAACAGCGUGGAAGAGACGGAUUCAAUGGAACCAAGUAAGAAGUACAACUUUGGGGGCUCUAAACUUCAGGAUACGGUCAAAACUCUGCUGGUGCAGGGUGGCCUUGUCCAGCGCCGAAGUUCGGAGAGGAUCAGUAUUACAAAAACAGGUUUUACAUUCCUCCUACAAGAGGCAAACGCCCAAGUAUGGACUUUGCUCUUGCAGUGGCUACACAGCGUCAACGAGGACAACACUAACAGGGCAGUCGACAUGUUGAGCUUCCUGUUUAUGCUUGGUACUCUUGAGCUUGGUCAAGCCUACGAUACAGGGGCACUCUCGGAAGAACGCCGCAAUAUGCUGCCUGAUUUGAACGACUUUGGUCUGGUAUAUAUCCCGCCCAGCAACCCAGAUCAAUACUUUCCUACUCGUCUCGCCACAACCCUUACAAGCGGAUCUUCGGCACUAAGGAGUGUCAGCUCCGGCGUUGCGGCCGCCACCGCUGAGGCGGGCGAGAACAAUACCAAGGGGGCCAUUAUUCUCGAGACCAAUUUCCGCAUCUAUGCAUACACAAGCACACCACUACAGAUAGCAAUCCUAGCACUUUUUGCCAACCUCAAGAUGCGCUUCGCAGGCAUGGUUACUGGACAGCUGAGUCGGCACUCGAUCAAGCGUGCAAUCUCCCACGGUAUCACAGCCGACCAAAUCAUCGAAUACCUGGCAUCACAUGCGCACGAGCAAAUGCACCGUAUUGCGGCGAUUCGCAACAAGCCAGUCCUUCCACCAACCGUCGUGGAUCAGAUCCGUUUGUGGCAGCUCGAGACGGAGCGCAUGCAGGUCCAGAGAGGCUACUUGUUCAAGGAUUUUGAGAGCCAGGCCGAGUUCAAGGCCAUCGCAGAUUACGCGGAUGAAGUAGGUGUUUUGAUAUGGCGCAGUGACGCCCGGCAGCUAUUCUUUGCUAGCAAAACGGCAGAGAUUGCCAACUUUAUCAAGUCGGAGAAGCACCGUAAGAAGCUUGCUGCCUAGAAGGCUGAAAGGAAGGCAAAUUUUGAAGCGUUGCGGAUACAACGAAAAAAGGAGGAGGACGCGAAGCGCAUCGCCACUUGGUCACGCUACGCAUGAGAAGUGGAAGAAUGAAGUCAUUACUACCAAUGGUUUCUUUGCUUGGUAAAGGCAGAUGUCAUGGUCAUCUUGUAUUCGUUGGGCGUUACGGGGAUUCAGACAUCCAUCGGCAGGGAGUUUUGGGUAACUACGUAAAUAAGUCAGACAAUAGGCAAACUGACAUGUUUUAUAUGCACCGAGCCUUAGCAAAAUCAAAUAUCUCGAGAUAUACGAGCGACUGGUUGGUUCUAGGAGGAGACCUUGUG